AUGUUAAAAGUGAAGAAAAAUUUCGUAGCACUAGAUCAAGCAACUUCAACAACAAAUGAUCAACAUGCUAAUUGCGAAGAAUCAUAUGAUAUACUAUAUAUAUCUUUUCCAACUGAUGUUUGUUCAGUAGCUGAAGAGCAACACGUUACUUGUGAAAAUGCGUGUGUGAAUGGUAAUCAGGUUCUUGUUGAUGAUAAUACAAUUUCAACCGAACAUUUACCUACAGAAGCGAAUGAAAACAUUGAAAAGGAAGGUAACAGAAAUCCAGAAGAAGGUGAAACUGAAAUAGAUUAA